AUGGCAUAUCACUUCACAUACAUACUCUACAUCCUAAUGCCGUGCCAUGCUGAACUGCCGAAACUCUCUCUGCUGCUGAUGGAGGAUAUUGCUUUUCCAGCUGGAUUUGCUUGGGGUGCAGCUACAGCAGCAUAUCAAAUUAAAGAAGGCUGGAAUACAGAUGGAAGUGGCCUUAAUGUCUGGGACAUAUUCACCCAUCAGGGAGGAGAUCGAGUUUUCAAGAACCAGACUGGUGAUGUAGCUUGUGGCAGCUACACUCUGUGGGAGGAAGAUUUGAAAUGUAUCAAACAGCUUGGAUUGACUCAUUAUCGCUUUUCUCUUUCCUGGUCACGUCUGUUACCUGAUGGGACGACAGGUUUCAUCAACCAGAAAGAAGAUGAAGGUGGUUGGAGAUCUAAAAAGAUCAUUGAGACCUUUGAUAAUUAUGCAAAAUAUUGCUGCAAAGCAUUUGAAGACUGAGUAAAGCUGUGGAUCAUUAUUAAUGAGCCUUAUGUUGUUGCUACACAUGGUUGUGGAAAAGGUAUAGCCCCUGCUACAACAGAAUCUUGUACCAGAACUUACAAGGCAGUUCAUAAUUUGAUAAAAGCUCAUGCUAAAGCCUGGCACAGUUACGAUAAGAUAAUUAGAGAAAACAAUGUGGACCUUCUAUGGCUUGCUGAAGUACCAUGGGGUUUAUACUGACUUCUGUAUUAUAUCAAAGAUAUAUAUAAUAACCCUCUAAUUUACAUCACUGAGAAUGGGUUUUCCCAAAGUGACCCUGCUCUACUUGAUGACAGCCAACGAUGGGAGUAUUUCAAGCUGAAUUUACAGGAAAUUUUGAGUUCAUUUGGACUAUUCCACAUCAACCCUGAAAACUCAAACAUUCCUUGUACUCCUUAUACAUCAGCAAAAGAUUAUGCAAAAGACAUCAAAACAAACUGA